CUUUUCCCUGUUUAUUACAGCCACUUUAAAGUUUAAACCAAUGUAUGUAUCUACAGCUCAAACCUAAGAUUUGAAACACUUGCCUUCUUUCACAACCCAAAUUUGUGAAUAUGGGUUUGUAAUUUCAUCUCACAUUGAGUCUUUCUGGUAAGAUACUCUUACCCUUUUCAUAUUUUGCUCUUUUUAUGCUUGUUGGAAGUGAAAAAAGUGAUUUUUAAGUUGGGUUUGUUUGUUUUACUGGUAAGAAUGCGAGAUUUUCCAUCUUGUUUUGGUGAAAAUGGAGUUCAGGUUGCAGAUACAUCUUGUUCAAGUGCAAAUAUUAGUAAAUCUUCACAAAAUUUGGUUACUUGCACAUAUCAGUGUAAAUUAGUUGGCAAAUCUUGUCUGAUAAGUAUUUCAUGGAGUAAGAAUUUGAUGGGUCAUUGUUUAGGUGUUGAGAUUAAUGAUUUAUCUCAUCAGUGUUUGUGUAGAGUUGAUGUGAAGCCCUCUUUGUUUUCUAGAAGGAAAGGGUUUAAGUGUUUAGAUGUGAGUUCUUGCAAAAUUGAUUUGUAUUGGGACCUUUCUUCGGCGAAAUUCGGGUCCGGGCCGGAGCCCCUUGAAGGAUUCUAUGUGGGGAUUGUGUGUAAAGGGGAAAUGGUUUUGCUAGUUGGAGAUAUGAGGAAAGAAGCUUUGAAGAAGAUUGGUGCUGUUCCUUCGCUGUUUAAUUCCAUUUUUGUUUCCAAGAAGGAACACUUGUUUGGGAAAAAAGUGUACGCGAGUAAAGCUCAGUUUACUGAUAACGGACCGAUUCAUAAUAUUGUAAUUGAAUGCGAUGCAAAUGGGAAUGAUGAUUUGUGCCUCAUUGUUCGUGUGGACAGUAAGCCCGUGAUGAAGGUGAAGCACCUCAGGUGGAAGUUCCGUGGAAACUCUACGAUAUUGGUUGAUGGGCUUCCUGUAGAAAUCUUCUGGGAUGUUCAUAAUUGGUUAUUUGGCACGACUUUGGGGAAUGCAAUAUUUAUGUUUCAAACUUGUUUAUCAGCAGAGAAAUUGUGGACUGGGGAGACAUUCUUAGAUGACUCGGAACAGCAAUGGCCUUGUUUGCAGAGUUUCAAGGGGUCCAAAGUAUCUGGGCUUGGUUUUUGUUUGACUUUGUAUGCUUGGAAGAACGAGUAGAUGUGAAUCUUUCCAUGAAUCAGUUGCAGUUUAUAUCUGGAAAAUGGACAUGGUCGAACUAUUUCUAAUAUUAUACUUUACUAAUCAGUGUCUCCAAAUGUUUGCUCAAUUAUUUGUUUCACAGAACCUUAUGAGAACAUAGAAAGUUUAGUUGGUUUUUCAUACAUUGCUUGAUUUACAAAAUGUCUUUUUAAUUCUUCCAGAGUAAUUCACAAUAUGUUUUACCAUUA